GCCGAGCUCAGUCACCGCCGCCGCUUCAGUCGAGCUCCGAACGCGAAGUGAAGCACAUUGAACCCACAACAAUCGAGAUAAUCGAAGACACAAACUCAGCAGCAACAUCCUAACAGCCAUGGCUCAUCCGCGGCUUUUCAUUGGCCUUUUUCUGGGCCUGGCCAUCUCGUUGGAGGUCGUCCAUGGAGGCCCCGUGAUCACCCAGAUCAGCAAGGAUGUGGUGGCCCGGGUGGGCGACAACGUCGAGUUCAACUGCACCGUGGAGCAGGUAGGCCAGCUCUCGGUGAGUUGGGCCAAGCGGCCCAGCGACACGGACACCAACUCGGUGGUGCUCUCCAUUCGCAACAUCCUCAGCCUGCCCGACCAGCGGUACAAUGUGACGGUCAGCGAGGGAGCCGCAUCCGGAACAGCCACCUACACGUUCCGCAUCCAGAACAUCGAGGUCAGCGACAUGGGUCCGUACGAGUGCCAGGUGCUGGUCUCCGCCACCGAGAAGGUGACCAGAAAGCUGAGUCUGCAGAUCAAAAUGCCGCCGGUGAUCGCGGAGAGCACUCCGAAGAGCACGCUGGUGACGGAGGGCCAGAACCUGGAGUUGACCUGCCAUGCCAACGGCUUCCCCAAGCCCACGAUCUCGUGGGCCCGCGAGCACAAUGCCGUGAUGCCGGCCGGCGGCCACCUGCUCUCGGAACCCACUCUGCGGAUUCGUUCGGUGCACCGGAUGGACCGCGGCGGCUACUACUGCAUUGCCGAGAACGGAGAGGGUCAGCCCGACCGGCGACUGGUGCGCGUGGAGGUGGAGUUCCGGCCCCAGAUUGCCGUCCAGCGGCCCAAGGUGGCCCAGAUGGUGUCGCACGGCGCUGAGCUGGAGUGCGCCGUCCAGGGCUAUCCCGCACCCACUGUCGUCUGGCACCGGAACGGAGUGCAGCUGCAGUCCGGUCGCCAGUACGAGGUGGCCAACACCGCGUCCUCGUCGGAGACCACCACCUCGGUGCUGCGGAUCGAGAGCGUGUCGGAGGAGGACUUUGGGGACUACUACUGCAACGCCACCAACAAGCUGGGCCAUGCUGACGCCCGACUCCAUCUCUUCCAGACCGUCAUCCCGGUGCCGUCGCUCUCGUAACAUCUGAAUUUCCUUUCCCACGCAUCCCAGACUGGAACGGAGGGCUGGAACUUCAGCCACUCGUCGCGCAUUUUCGGCAAUUCGCCAGUCCGGAUGCGGCCUGUGCUUAUAUUAUUAAUGAUUCAUUCAAUUAGCUCCCAUUCAGACUACAUUAUUUUCGGACACACUCGAGAUCGAGCGACUGUUUGUGCCUUAUGAAUUCUGCUCUCCAUCUGUCGCCGGCUUAUGUAAAACACAUUUUUAUGCUUAAGUAAAUGACGUUCUCUGAUAAA